GUGCAUUUUUGGGUGAACAAGAACAGGUACGUCACACAUCCCAACUCCCAAGCAAAACCCGGUAGCCGGCCACCUGCGGCCGCUCAUAUAAGAAACACCCCGCAUUUCCAGCGGGACCUCCUGAAGAACACCGCUCCUACGGAUGCUGUCUGCUUAGUCUCCUCCUUCGCUCGUCGAGUCCGCAGAUCCGAAGGUCUGUCUCGCCCCUCAGCCGACACGUGUCUCGAUCUCGCCCGUCCAUCCGCUGUGUUUCGUUUACCAAGAUGGUGGUUGUGGAGGUACCCGAACCCAUUGAAGAGCAGGAGAGAAUUCCUAAGGAGGCAAAGAAGAUCUUGCAUGAAUUGGCUUCAGAUUGGAGCGACGUGGCUGAUUUCAGAGCAUUAGAAGUAAUUCCACUGAAGGGGGCAAUGACGAAUGAGGUUUAUCAGAUCAAGUGGCCCACCGCAGGGAGAUCACGGAAGGUUUUGGUUCGGAUUUAUGGCGAGGGUGUUGACGUGUUCUUUGAUCGCGAGGAUGAGAUCCGCACAUUUGAGUGCAUGUCGAGGCAUGGGCAGGGGCCGCGAUUGCUCGGUAGGUUCUCUAAUGGACGAGUAGAGGAAUUCAUCAAUGCCAGGACUCUGUCAGCAGCUGACCUACGGGAUCCAGAUGUAUCCGCUCUCAUUGCAUUAAAACUGAGGGAGUUUCACUACCUUGAUGUUCCUGGUCCAAAGAAUGUUCUUCUAUGGGAACGAUUAAGAAAUUGGCUCGAAGCAGCCCAGAGUAGGUGUCCUUCUGAAGAAGCCGAGGAAUUUCGUUUAAAUGUCAUAGGGGAAGACAUCAAUACUUUGGAAAAAUUACUGUCAGAAGAAGGUCAGAGGAUAGGAUUUUGCCAUAAUGAUCUCCAGUAUGGCAAUAUUAUGAUUGACGAACAGACCAGGCAGAUAACAAUAAUAGACUAUGAAUAUGCAACUUUCAAUCCUGUCGCAUAUGACAUUGCUAAUCACUUUUGUGAGAUGGCUGCUGAUUAUCACACAGAAACACCUCAUGUUCUGGAUUAUACUAAGUACCCAGAUCUUGAGGAGCGGAAGAGAUUUGUCCAGGUCUAUCUCAGGUCUUCAGGUUCAGAUAAGGAAGCACAAGAUGCGGAAGUUGAAAAUCUGCUCCAGUAUAUAGAGAAGUAUACUCUUGCAAGUCAUCUUGUGUGGGGACUUUGGGGAAUAAUUUCCGCACAUGUAAAUGAGAUCGACUUCAAUUACAUGGAGUACGCAAGGCAGAGGUUCCAGCAGUACCGGCUGAGGAAGCCCCUAAUACCGGGAACUGGAUCUGAUUCUGUACAAUGAAUGCUCCGACGCGGCUGUAGUUUUAUCUGUAAAUACACUGAUGAUAUAGUUUGUCAAUAAAAUCAUACGAUUGGGUUAUGGCAUAGAGUCUUCAACGUAGUCCUAUUGAAAUUGAUGUUCUUUCACUUCCUGAUUUAUUCAAGGCGGUGGUUUUGUGUCCCA